GUACCACAGCUUAUCUAUCAACAAGGAACUAAUCAUACGAUCCAAUUAUUUCGAGACAACUUGUACCGCCUUUCGCUGCACCUGGACCGGCGAGAGCAGGUGGCGUGGGAGGUGGACCAGAACAUGCGCUUCAUGUGCCACAUCAAGGGCCAGAAUGAGGAAGCCUGCCGGAACUACAUCAUGGUGCUGCAGAGCCACGGGAAUAAGGUGUACGCUUGUGGAACUUAUGCGUUCAGUCCGUCCUGUUCCUGGCGGCAGAUGGAGAACUUGACCAGCAUCCGGUUCGAGAGCGGUGUCGGAAAGUGUCCGUCGAGCAAGCUGGUCAACAAUACUGCCCACCUCUCGGAUAAUGGGAAGCUGUACGUGGGAACGACGACGGAUUUUUCCGGAUCGGAUCCCGCCAUUUUGAGGGCUGAUCUGUACCAGGAAAACGCUCGGAUGCUCCGAACACCUCAGUACAAUUCGAAAUGGCUGAACGAUCCUCACUUCGUUGGGAGCUUUGAGAAUGGGGACUUUAUCUACUUCCUGUUCCGGGAGUCGGCUGUGGAGUAUAUCAACUGUGGCAAGAUCGUGUACUCGAGGAUCGCGAGGGUCUGCAAGAAUGAUCCGGGAGGCUCCCACAUACUGAAAGACGGCUGGACAACGUUCAUGAAGGCCCGGCUUAACUGCUCUCUACCUGGGGAUUAUCCGUUCUAUUUCAACGAGAUACAGGGAAUGGUUUUCUCACAGGAAGAGAACGUCCUGUAUGCGACCUUCUCAACGCCAGAAAACAGCAUUCACGGAUCGGCAAUAUGCGCCUACAACAUGUCCUCGAUACAGGCCGCCUUCGCCGGUUCCUUCAAGUACCAGGAAUCGCAAGGCUCGGCUUGGCACCGUCAGGAAGCUCAGCAUCGGGAGCAGUUCGAAUGCAACGCCAACCCAGCCACCCGACACACUUCGCUCAUGGAUUCAUCCAAGUAUCAACUGAUGGAUCAAGCCGUUCAACCGAUCAUCGGACAACCGCUGCACCACACACAAUUGGAAAGGUUCCACCAAAUUGCUAUCGACAUCAUUCCUACGAAGUUGCACGAACGUGUCCACAUCAUCUACGUGGCCACCGAUACGGGACUGAUCAAGAAGAUCUCCGUGUUACCGAGAACGAAAACGACAUGCGUCGUUGAAAUCUGGCGUCCGGAACCGACCGCGGAUGUGAGAAUUCGGACUAUCCAAUACGUCAAAGAGACGGAUUCGCUAUAUGUUGGAACGGAUGCAGCGUUGAGUCGGAUAUCGGCGCAUCACUGCAAUCGUCACCUGUCCAAGGUUAGCUGUUUGAACUCGAUGGAUCCGUACUGUGGGUGGAACGAAUUGCAGGAAGCUUGCACAAUUGCACCAAAUGGGGAUACGUUGGCCAGGUAUUGGAUACAGAAUGCUACCGAGUGUCCGGUGCUGACAGCUCCGGUUGAUGGAGGAUGGUCUGCUUGGUCUGAUUGGAACAAAUGCGCUCAAGCCGGGGCUCAACCACAAGCUGCAUCGAAUGGAAAUGAAGAUCUGGCGGCUAACUCGGAUAGUUGUCUUUGUCGGACAAGGAGUUGCGAUAAUCCUUCGCCGAAGAAUGGUGGAAAGAGUUGCACCGGAGUGAGUAUUGCGGUAACCAACUGCACCGUCCAUGGAGGUUGGACCGAUUGGAGUCCGUGGUCGGCCUGUUCUCAGACCUGUGGGAUGGCUGUUAAAACAAGGCGUCGAACUUGCGGUAAUCCGAAGCCUGCUCACGGGGGAAGGGUUUGCGUAGGGCCUGAUCGUGCCGAAAUCUACUGUACCCACCUUCCGCCGUGUCCAGCGCCUAAGCAACCUCCGAUCGAUGGAGGUUGGGGACCUUGGGGUGUUUGGGGUGAGUGCAGCGCUACUUGCGGUGGUGGCUUCCGUAUUCGUCGAAGGAAGUGUGAUGAUCCCCAACCGCAGAAUGGAGGCAUGGAUUGUCCUGGGUGUCAUCUAGAUUACGAAGUUUGCAAUUCCCACACCUGUCCGGAUGUUAAACGUGCUAGUCCCUGGACUCCUUGGCUGAUGGUUACGAAUGGGAGUUUACCGGACGGUGGUUACGUUGAGAAGCGAUUCAGGUAUACGUGCAAGGCUUCGGUGGCAGAUGCAGCUAUGCUGAAGAUAACUCCAAAGGAAGAAACUCGGAUAUGUCGUACGGAUGGUUCUUGUCAGAGGUCUAGUGACUCGUCCGGGCACUCCGGCGAUGAAGAUGGUUGGACCGAGUGGGGCUCGUGGAGCGCUUGUAGCGUUUCCUGCGGAGGAGGUCAACAGUUCCGCACCCGCAAUUGCGAACGAGCCGAGUGUGAUGGAGUUCAUAAGAUGGCGCGGGCCUGCAAUAGUCAGCCCUGUAAAGGUGAAUGGGGAUGCUGGAGUGAUUGGUCAUCGUGUUCCGUCAGCUGCGGACUAGGAACAAGAACCAGAACGCGUCAAUGCCUGUCGAUGUCCGGGAAUGUUAUCUUCGGAAGCGAUUGUGAAGGUCAAAACACCCAAUACGAUACCUGUGAGAUGCCUAGCUGUGACUCAUUCCUUGGUUGGGGAGAGUGGACCGAUUGGUCGGCUUGCAACAGCGAUGGCGAAAAGAUUCGCACCCGAAAGUGUUUGGUUUCGACUCCGGAGCAGAAGAUGUGCCAGGGCAACGAUCGGGAAAUCCGUUCUUGCCACGUGGAACUCACUUCAAACGAAAUUCCCCACGCCCACACGGCAGCAGCUUCCUCGGUGGCGGCCAUCGUCACCGGAGUGGUGCUGCUCAUCAUCAUGUGCUGUGCCGGAAGCGUCUUCGCCACCAUCUACAUGAUGCGGAAGAAAACCAAGGGCAUCAAGGCGAUCCAGGGCUCGCCCUGCUACGGGUCCUACCCGAACCAGUACUCAUCGCUUCCGACGAAGGAUCAGUUCCCGGAAAACCACAAACCCAAACGGCAGACCUCGUUCAAUGGCCGCAACGAUGCUAGCGGGUCGAAAAUAUCCAACGGACACACGACGCUAACGAAGUCGAACAACGUGAAUGGAGCGAUUGGAAACAGUACGCCAAAAGUUUUGGCUAAAUCAUUCAACGAUUCUGACACGGCCACAAUCAAACGGAACUCACACGGACUGAAUAACAUUCGUCACGCGAGGCAGCUGGAACUGGAAGAGGAAAAGUACUAGCCGCACAGAUCACGGAAAAGUCCCUGGUCAAUCCGGUAUUGCAUUCAUUGCUGCAAAAAUGUGAUCUCAACUACCGGAUGUACAUGAUAAUUUUCAAUGUACAGUUUUUUUUGAGUGCUGGAGCUGUGACUAAAAACUUGCGUGCAAGCUGUUGCGUUCAAUCUUGAAUGUGGUCGCAGCCUUCGACUUGUAUUCAAACUCCAAACAGACCCGAAUCAAACUGUGUAUCAUAAUGGAGAGAAAUUCAAAUCAUCUUCAAACAUGAACGGAAGAAUUUGUUCAAACUUUAGACGAGAGGAAUAGUAUUCAGCAAAUGAGCCUCCCCCUCAAAACGGAAAACCCCUGUAGAACAAUUGUUGAAAGUGAUUUUAAGCAAAAGUUUUAUACUUAUAGUAAAGGCUGAUAAUUUUACUAGAUUUUAAGGGUCAAAUUUCGAUAGAAAACGAGCUACUUAGCGCUGGAUAUAGGACGUAAGACAAUUCAAUUCGAAUUAUAGCAAUCCAAAACAUACAAACAAAAACUAAGACUAAGCUACUUAAUUCGGUACUAGUUCUGCCACAAACCUGCAAAUAAGUAACAAAUUUAAUAUCGUGUGGCGGAGAAGCGCUGAAAGUUUAUAUUAACCAAAUAAUAACGCUAGAACUAAAUCUUAAAAACGCCAUCAUAAUCCCUCAGUACUCAUCACGAUUGAUUGAUUGUUUAAGAUUUAAAGGCUGAACUUGCAAACGUUUGAGAUCGUAAUUUUGUUUAUCGCAAAAAUGCUGCCAAACUUGAAAUUUUGUUUAAUCCAGUAGGUAUACUUACAUCACUUAUAUCGAUUUUUGGCUAUUAUCAAUAAACCUAAUAAGAAAAAAAACUAGUUAAAAUAGUGAUUCCCAAACGAAAAAGUUGAAAAACAUCAAAUUUGUUGGAAAUGUUAAACAGGUCUUUUUCUAGAGUUCAAACCUUAGAUAACAGUAAUCCAGUUUUUUUUAAUCGCUGAUUGUUGAAUUAAUCAAUUUUAACAUAAAAUUUACUCUGAAUGACUACAACAAAUUUUCAUAUUUUAUCUGUAGUGUUGUUCAAUUGUUUUUUAUUUUUAUUUUGAAAUAUUGUUAUAAUUUUUGAAUUUAGAUUACAAAGGAUUGAAAAUCAUUUUGAGGAACUCGAAAAACGAAAUAAGAUGUACAAGAAUAUGGUAACUUAGAAAGUAUUAGAUACCUUUACAAAAAAAGAGAAGCUUACAAAAAAAAUUUGACACACAAGUUUUAUUUUAUUUCAAUCAAAUUUUAAAAGACAUCGCAAACGUGUUUCUAUACUUAUUGUAUCAAAUGCUGUGCCAUUCGAGGACGAAGUUUAAAAAAAAGGGAAAGCAAAAGCAAUCAACCCACGCUAAGACUACAAGUUUUUAAACGAAACGAAAAAAAAGACAUUUUUGAAAACAAAUUUUAUCCCUUAUAGACUUAAGAGAUUCCCAUCCCAUUUAAAGUGAAUACAGUUGAAGAAAAAUUGGUAAAAUUUAAUUUUACCUGUGAUACGAUGUGUAGCUCAAAUUGAGCAAAUCCCUUUUUUCAAUUAAGUUAAGUCGAAAACAAAACAAAACAAGUGACUCUAAAGCUUAAGGAUUUGUGUAGAUACUUUAUAACCCGUUAGUUUUAGAAUACCUACAUGUUUAGAAAACUAAGAGAAGAAAUCGGUUGAAGACUUACAGGCAAAUAAAUUUCUUAACUUUCAA